UUUGACCACUCCCUCUUCUCCCUUCCCAUUGCCCACUCCCCAUCAUACUAUAUAUAUAUAUACCAUAGCUCCAUCCAUGGCGGCCCUCUCUCGCUAAACUCGUCUCCUUCUCCAUGGGAAGAGCUCCUUGCUGUGACAAAGCCACUGUCAAGAGAGGCCCAUGGUCUCCUCAAGAAGACGCCACUCUCAAAGCCUUCAUUCAUAAACAUGGCACUGCUGGCAACUGGAUCGCUCUCCCUCGCAAAGCUGGACUUAACCGCUGUGGCAAGAGCUGUCGUCUCAGGUGGCUGAAUUAUCUCCGACCAGACAUCAAACAUGGUGGCUUUACCCUCGAGGAAGACAACCUUAUUUGUACCCUCUAUUCCACUCUGGGAAGUAGGUGGGCUGUUAUUGCAUCACAAUUACCGGGAAGAACCGAUAACGAUGUAAAAAACCACUGGAAUACGAAGCUGAAGAAGAAAUUCAAUUCAUUUUCCGAACGGUCAGCUCCCACAAUCGCCGCCGUAACCCAGCAGAAUGCGAUUACCAACAUGGCAUUUCCAGCCAACGCGCCGCCGUAUUCCGCUGCUGCAGAUUGGUUACGAUUCGAUGAACAAAUGGACGGAAACUUGAUGUUUGCAGAUGCUAAUUUUGAUUUCAAGCACGACCCAGAAGAUCAAUUCCCGAUGUUGUGGAACCCACAAGAAUUAUCCACUUCCUCGUCUAAUUCUUCGCUACCUGUAGAGCAAAACCAGGUCCCAUUUGGUGGGAACGACGGCGAAACUGUACUGAGUUAUGGGUUUUAUCAAUACCCAUAUGGAGAUGUAAUGGAAGGAUUGGAUUUCAAGUAAGAUGGGAUGAAUUAAGGUUUAAUUAAGGAGUUAAUUAGGAUUGAUUAUGGUAAUUAAUUAGAGUGGGAGGACUUGGUCAAGAAAGGACAUGUUGUGUUGUUAGAGUUUGUUUGAAUAUCAUAUGGUUUCAUUUGAUGAAGUCAGCGAAGACUUUGUUUGUU